AUGAAACUCCUUGUAGCCCUCGCACUCGUAGCCUUCGUGGCUGCUCGUCCCGGCGAAGAUUACAGUCGCUAUGAAAACUUCAACGUGGAUGAAAUCAUUGAGAAUGAUCGUUUCUUGGGGAGCUACGUGAAAUGCUUCCAAGGUGUUGGCAAGUGCACUCCUGAAGCAGCUGACUUUAAGAAAUGGAUGCCUGACGCAUUACAAACCGAUUGUAGCCUAUGUUCAGAACAUCAGAAGAUGCUUAUUGCCCGCGUGAUUAAAGCGAUCAUCGAGAAAAUUCCUGAAGACUGGGAGAAGUUGAACAAGAUCCACAACCCUGAAGGCAAAUACGAUGAAAACAUCAAGAAGUUAGUUGACUCAGCACAAGUCAUCAUGAAACUCUUAGUUACCCUCGCACUGGUAGCCUUCGUGGUCGCUAGACCAAGUGACGACUACGGUCGCUACGAAAACUUCAACGUGGACGAUAUCAUUGACAAUUUACGUUUCUUAACCGGCUACGCGAAAUGCUUCGAAGGUGCCGGCAAAUGCACUCCUGAGGCCGCAGACUUUAAAAAAUUGAUGCCGGAAGCCAUCAAAUCCAAUUGUGGGAAAUGUUCAGAACAUCAGAAAACACUUAUUGUCCGCGUGAUCCACGCAAUGAUCGAGAAACUGCCCGAAGACUGGGAGAAGUUGAACCAGAUCCACGACCCCGAAGGCAAAUACAGCGAAGGUCUCAAAAAGUUCGUUAACGCAUACGCCAAAAAGGAGCAAUGA